AGAAUGGAUGGAUCCUCGGUUCGAGACGGUACGAACGCUCGGGCGGGGCAGCCACGGUGACGCGGUCUUGGUGCGUCACCGCGUCUCGGGCGCACUCGUCGUCGCCAAGACGAUCCACGCGCCACUCGCAGCGUGCCAUGCCGAGGUCGACGUCAUGCGCCGGCUCCAGCACCCCAACAUUGUCAGUUUGAUCGAAUCGACGACGACAAGUGACACCGGCGACCCCGUCCUAUUUCUCGAGUACGCGGACGGCGGCGACCUCCACACGUUCCUUUUGCAGCACAGCGCUACGGCGGCGCGGCUUCCAGAAGCCCACAUCGUGCGCAUUCUCAUUCAGCUCUCUCUGGCGCUGCAGUACCUGCACGAACGCAACAUCGUGCACCGGUCCCUUCGCAUCAAUAUCUUCUUGACGGCCAGUGGCGUCGUCAAGCUCGGCGACUUUGGCGUUGCAAAAGCACUCUCGCACACGCUCGACUUGGCAGCGACCCAAGUGGGCACGCCCCUUUAUCUAUGCCCCGAGAUUUGUGACGGCAACGAGUACAACACGACGAGCGACCUGUGGGGCCUCGGGUGUGUUCUGCACGAGCUCCUCACGUUCGCGCCUCCGUUCCAAGGACGCAGCUGGCCAGUCAUUGUCCAAAAAAUCGUGACGGCGAUGCCGAGUCCGUCGAUCGAUGGACACUACUACUCGCCCGACAUCAUUGCACUCGCCUCCCAACUUCUCUCCAAGACGCCACACGAGCGCCCAAGUGCCACCGAUAUUCUCGCCCGGCCCUUCAUCCAACGCCACAUCAUGCACCUUGUGAGUGCAGCGACGUGGGAUGCGCUGCCAAAGCUACAGGCAGACCCUCCGCCCCGCCGGCCAACAAGCUUGGCCGCGGUCCUUGACGGCAUGCCCAUACUUUGUGAGAAACGCGCGACUUCGCCCAAGCGACGUGCGCUGCCCGACACCCUUGACGACGCGGCUCGUCGACAGUUUCACGAAAAUCAGCGCGCGGCGCGCGCCUACAAGGAGCGCAUGGACGAGCUUCAAAAAGGCCCAGCAGUCGUCUUCGAUGACGUCUCUGAAACGUCGCCCGAGCCGGCGGCCGCGCCCCGAGACAGCGCGUACAAAUCCUUGGACAACUUGGUGCUUUUGCUCAUGCUGAGAACGCCGUAG